AUGCGCACAGCUUCUAUUCUGCUCCAUUGUAUGGUUUUUUACUUUCACCAGGUUUGUUUUAAAGUUGAGAAAAUUUUUUUAGAUAAUCGAAUUUAAAAAGAAAAUCAAAAACCACGAGACAUUUGGAGGCAAAAUUUUAUUUUAGCGUCAGAUUUGGUUUAAACGCAGAUUUUCCCCUCUAACACUAUUCAAUUUUCAGUCUUCCAUCGAGUCCAAGUCUCCAGAAAACGAUGUUAUCAUAAGUGUCAAAACUUCUGGAAAAUUCCACCAGACGAGAGUUAUGCGUCUUACAGAAACCUGGUGGAACGAUGCUCCUGAACAGGUUCAAUAAUUUUUUUUGAAUACAUUUUUAAGCUUUUUCUGAAGUUGACUUUGAAUGAGGUUCGUUCUCAGCCUAUAAAAAACGGAUCAAAAAGACGCCAGCUGGCUCGUGUGCAUAUUUAUCGCCCUUUGAUGUCUGUCGAACAUCUCUGGGAACGAACCGAUCGUUAAAUUAACUGAGAAAAUUAACUGAGGAAAUUUAGAGUGUUGCAGUCGUCAAUUUGAAAAAUGUUUCAGAUAUUUCUGUUCACCGACGUGGAUGACGAGGCGCUCAAUGAAACGCUCAAAGGACAUUUGCGGAACACCAGGUGUGGGUCCGGUCACGACAGGUUUAAAGUUAUUUUUAUCAUGAUAAAGCUCUUAUUACGAUUUUUUUACGAUUCAUGUGAAACCAAUAUUUUUUUCUUAAAAAAAUUUUUGAAAUUCCACAAGAAAACCACAUUAUUGGGUUUCAGAGAGUCUCUAUGUUGCAAAAAUGUCUGCUGAGUUGCGGUUCUACAGGUCUAUCAGCUCCAAGCAAGUUAUUUUGUUUUUUUCUUUCUAGCUCAGAUACGAAAUGGGUGUUUGUUUGAGAAGAUUAACAUUUUUUUACAGUUUAUUCAUCAAUCAAAAAAAGAACUAUGACACACAAAAAUGACAGCUCAUUAUUACUUUCAUUUCUCGGCCAAUUAGUUCAGCACUGGCAGUUAUCUAAUUUAUUAUCUGGCUCUAAACAGAACGUGCCGAGCUACGGUAGAAUGUGUCCAUGCAAUAAUUCUUCCCUGGAGGUCCAUUAACGACCGACCGCGUUAUUAAUUGCCUUCUUUCGAAUCUACUGAUAGUAAACUCGGCCUUAUUAUUAACUUGUGUGAACUAGUCUAUUCCCCAAAAAGAGUUUUCUAACGGGCUUUCUUUUUUUGAAUUUUUCAAGAGAUUUCAUAACUUGUUUUUCUGUUUCGAAAGUUACCACGUUUGUCUUUUACUGGGAAACGUCACGCCUUAAAAAUUUUGGGCGGCGUCUAGAGGGACUCCAAACGUCGCGGUUGCUUGGCAAUUAACAAUACAAUUCCAAGUUUUGCGUUUUUCGGAGUAAUGUGAAUUGAUUGCGUUUUGAUGAAAAAAAAACUUCUGCUAAUCAAUUAACUCAGUCGUUGAUUGAUUUGAGGCCUAUUCUUGCAACUCGAAAAACUCUGAAAAGAAGUUUCUGAACAGCCAUUCAUUUCAAGUCCCAGCAUGACUUUCAAACUGGUAUUUUGAGCUUGUAACUUCAUGAGCAAACAUUUCAUUCAUUGAAUAUCCCCAAGGGAAACUAAUUCAGGUUCUAUUGUCAUUUUGACGACGACAGUUUCGUGAAUAUGGUUCUUCUGAAAAAUCUGCUAGACAGUUAUAACGCGGAAGAUAAUGUCUAUCUAGGAAAAAUUUCAACAGCAAAACCGAUGCGCAUAGAAGAACACGUAGUUGCAUUUUCCUCAAAAUUAAAGAGUCACAAUUUAAUUUUCAGGACUUCAGAUUCGGUACUGGUGGCGCGGGCAUUUGCUUAUCCCGUCGGGCAGCUUGUCGCAUUAAUGAGUAUCUUGAUGAGAACGAUUUUGUUUCCACUUGCAAUCGACUGGGUGUUCCGGAUGACGUCACCUUAGGAUAUAUAGCCAGUACGUUACGCCUAUUGAAGCUCGAGAACCAUCCAAAUUAGGAAUAUAAAAUCUAUUUCUUACACAGGCGUGGUCCUCAAAACUUUUCUGACCAACAUUGAGAGUUUCCACUCACACCUCGAAGACCUGACCUUCCUACCUGACUCUGUUAUCGAUAAGCAGGUUUUUCUUCACCGUUUAAUCGAAUUUUCUAUUUUUUCAGAUUUUGCACGCAGAUACCCGGCUCUUUCAUCCCCCUUGA